GUCGAGGUUUCAUUGGAAUGAAUUAACUGAGAAUCCGAAACCAUAAUGUCAGGCCGGACCAGCCAAAUGGUGGGCGUAAGCAACAUCACAAAUCGGACGGAUCCGAACAGUCUGAAGUCACGAGUUUUUGUGGGCAACUUGAACACCGUUCACAUGACAAAGACGGAAUUGGAGUCCAUUUUCUCCAAAUACGGCGCGAUUAUAGGCAUAUCUGUUCACAAGGGCUACGCCUUCAUUCAGUACGGCAAUGAAACCAGUGCCCGAGCCGCCGUUGCUGGGGAAGACGCGAAGAUUUACUAUAGUAUGGCAUUAGAUGUAACAAUCGCAUCAGAACCAAAGAACCGCAAACGUGGCCGUUCCAAUAUCAACGCAAACUUAUCCACUUGGUCUGGGCUCUCGAGUUCGGGCAUUCCGGAUUUGACGCUUCAGGCGCAGGCUUUAUCCAGUUUAGCUAGCAACCCGGUUCUUUCUUCGUUACAACAACUGGGGCUGGAGGGAAUCAUGGGACAACCGAACUUCUCCCAGUUCGCUGCUGCUGCCACAUCUGUUUUGGGUGGUGCCACUCCAUUGACUGGAUUUAAUUUUGGAGCCGCACAAAACCCUGUAGUUAGUGCCACAAGACCCAAGCACACGCGCUCAUCUGGUUCGCAGCCGAGUUCCUAUACCCCCGUAUCAGCCCUAAAUACGUCCUCUUCAGCUAAGCGUACUCGUCUGGAGAGUAUGCUUUAUAACCAAAACAGCUCGAACAACACGCUUCCCGCAGGUGCUCGGGGACAAAAUUUGGUCUCAUUGGUUUCACCGACUGCGGACAAUAGCAGCUCAACGCAGCCAACUAAGGUCUCGCCGGCUUCCGAUCAACGCCAUCCUGGAUCCAGUCUAACAACUUCCUCACAGGCUCGUUCGGUUACCGCAUCAAUGAAGACUUCGACGCCAUCGACCGUUACAGCACCAUCAAAGCGUCCAUUGAGUAACACUUCAGUUGCUACAUCGUUGAAUCGAACUCAUUCAGAGACUUCUGGACGCUCGGCUGCUGAGGAUAUUUUGAUAUGUGGUAGUUGUCGACGUCUGUUUGAUCAAGUUGACGAGCUGAUAUCUCACAAGAUGGCUGGAUGUAGCCUCAAUCAAGGGACCUGUCAUUCUUGUCGCUGUCGCUCUGGGGAACCGGAAAUUUUGGAGUGUGCCUAUUGCGGUGCAUCUUUCCACUCUGCUUGGGACUUGAUGCACCACUGCCACAAUGAUCAUGGGCUAACCAUCUACACGAUUCCUUCCCCAACGCCAUCACCUGCCUCUACAGUUAACAGUAGCUCUACUCAGGCGACAUCCUUCUCAACUAGUAAGAAAACCUCUCCUGGUGCAGGUCGAUCCAAUGGCGAGGAAAUCGGUAGUGCAUCACAGACAAAAAUAAAAACCGAAAUGAUGACUGGGGAUACCAGUGAACAUGAUAGGCAUGAAACACAAUCUCAAGAUGAUAUUCAUGAGGGUAGCGAUUGGGAACGCGACCCGGACGAAUAUGAUGUAGGACCUGGAAUAUCUGCACAUAACGACGAGCAAGGACACUCUACAGAGUUGUCAGGAACACAUAGUCCUUCCUGUAGUCCCGUGCUUUCUCCCAAGUGCGAUUUGGAACACAAUGGUGGUGCUAAUGAAGAAUCCGUAUCCUCUGUCGAAAAAUCGCCCAACCAUGGGUUAAAAGAAACUGCAAAACCAAAUGAGUCUCUACACGGUCAUCGGCGUCGGGGUGGUGAAUAUGGUCGUCACGAAACGAUGGCUGAUGAUGAAGAUGAGGACGCGGUCGAGGACGACGAACCAGGUAAAGUGGAUGCUAUCCGAAGUGGCUAGAAAGGUAGGUCCCGUUUCAUGGACACUACAUCCAUUUCCUCAGCCGUUGACAGUACAUAGGCUGCAGGAAUUUUCUAUUCACUUACCUGUUGUGUCCUGAUAGUCUCAUGGAUAGUGUGACGUGGCUGUUUUAAGUUUUCUUAACCUGUCCGCUGCUUUCGGCAGAAAUAGAAUACGACAAGCAUUGAUGUAGUGUUUUGGAUGGCUUUCCGUUUAAGCCCCAGCAUCUACUGGGUUUACCAACUUCCAUUCAGUUCCGGAAGUCUAAACCUUUCCCCUGGCUGUAUUUCCUGAAUAAGACUUGUGUCUGUGCUCUCAAGGGCAGACCGC